AUGGUGUACACGGUGGUGUAUCAGACGGUGUACCGGUGGUCAAACAGUGUACACGGUGACCGCGGUGGGACGGUGUACACGGUGGUGUAUACGAUGACGGAUGGUGUACACAGUGGUGUACCGGACGGUGUACACGUUGGUAUACCGGUGGUUAAACUGUACACGGUGACGGUGGUUGGACGAUGUACACAGUGGUGUACCAGAUGGUGUACACGAUGA